AUGCAUGCUCCGCUCGUGUCACUCUCCUUCGCGUCCCUCGCAGCAGCCGCUCUGCCUGAGGGCGUGAUUGAGGUCCCGCUCCAGCGCAUCAAGAAUCAGACCGCAUACGGUGUCGAAUUCCAGGUCGGCAAUCCGCCACAAAAGGCCGUCAUUUCUGCCGAUACGGGCAGCCCGACGUACUCCUUUGAGUCUCCACGCAACACCGUCUGCCAGCAAGGCUACUGCUCAGCUUAUGGCACCUACGACAACACAACUUCCACCACGUCCAAAUGGCUCAACGGUGACUACACCGACAUGCUCAUCGACCACGGCUUCGGCAGCUUCGUCAACGACACUCUCCAGUUUGGCGGCAUCUCCCUCAAUGACAUGAUGUUUGGCGUUGUGGAGGAGAACUUGGCCUCGUACACAAUUAACACGCAGCAAACCGCUAUCUUCGGCCUCGGAGCGUUCUGCCAGACGCCUGCUUGCGACACAUAUCCCACAUUUCUCAACCAGCUAUACGAGCACGGCGCAAUUUCUCGGCGUGCCUUUAGUGUGUAUCUGGGCCCGAAUGAUCCGGAUGCCACAGGUACGCUGCUCUUCGGUGGCAUCGAUCUUGCGAAGCGUCAGGGUCCCGUUCACAAGUUGAAGGUUCUUGAUCCGACAGCAUCUGGGGCGAAUCUCCAGCCCAACUGGGUCAGCCUAUCCAGCGUCGAACUCCAGCUUUCCAAUGGCACUACGACUACUUCCACCUAUGACAACGGCACAUAUGCGCUGUGGGAUACCGGAUCUCCGGGCUGGUACUUCCAGCAGGACAUGUUCGACGCUCUCACCAGCUACUGGGGCCUCACGAACCCCGACCCGUAUAAUCUUAUCAUUGACUGCAAGUUCCGUGAGCCGUCCAACGACUCGAUCGCUGUGAAUCUCGGCCAGGGAGUGACACUCAGCGUGCCGUUGAGUUCGCUGCCUAUUGAUAACGGGGACGGCACUUGCACUGCGCCUGUUGCGCCGUGGGGGACCUUGAUGGGCGAUGCGUUUCUCCGAAAUGUCUACUUUACGUUCGAUUAUGAGGAUCUGACGAUUGAGUUUUCCCUGGUCAAAUAUACUAACGAGACGAACAUUGUCAAGAUUGAGUAG